UCAAUCAACUGAUUUACCGAGUUCAUUUGACUGGAGUGAUUUUUAUAUGGGACGUAAUACUCGACGUAGUAUGCGUAAUGAUAGAUUAUUAGAUAAUUCAGAAAUUUUCAACGAAUUAAAAACAAAGUUUAAACCAGGGACACAAAUUGAGGCACGAGAUAGAUUAAAGGAAUGGGUACCAUCCUCCAUAAUAGACUCUAAAGGAUGUCGCGUGUUAAUUCAUUAUAAUGAUGUACCAUCGUUCUAUGAUGAAUGGGUUGAUAUUAGUAGUGAUCGACUGCGCACGAAAUCUGUCAAAAAAGAGGAUUCAAAUAUUUCAAAAAGUACAUCAUCAUUUUCUUCUACAUCGAUUUGUAGUAGAAAGGAAUCGAGUAAGAAAAAAAUUAAAUCAAAAUCUAAUGCUGACGAUUCUAUGUCAGAAUUAGAAUUUGUAGAUAUCGAUACGUUACCUGAAGAGUUUCCAGUAAAACAAAAGUGGUGUAUAUAUUGUAAUCAAUGCAAUGUAGUCAUAAAGCAAUUUAGAUAUUAUUGUACUUAUUGUGAAACACCUUCAGAAGGCAACGACUACAAAAGUUUUGAAUUAUGUGUAUGGUGUUUUGCUCAUCAAUUUCCAAAUUAUCACGAACAUCCACGUUGUUCAUUCGCCGUUCAAUCAUUAAUUGAUGAUGAGGCGAUUAAAAUUUCUUCAAAGGGUGAAGUUAUUAAAAUGUUUGAUAAAGAUGAUUUUGACCCAAAUUACAAAGAUCCAGGUUUCGAUUUUUUUAAUCAUGACGAUGCACCAUUUGACAAUGAUAUGGGAUAUCUUUAUCUUCAAGCUUGGAGUUCUCGUAAAAUCUGUGGAUUUUGUAAUGAUGAUGAUGCUCAUCAACUUGGUGGAUUUAUUGGUCCUCAACCUUUUAUCUCUAACACAUAUACGCGUCAUGGUGAGAAACAAAAACUAUUCUGGGCUCAUCAAGCAUGUGCUAAAUAUUCUCCUGAAGUUUUUGUUACAAAAUCCAAUGAAUGGUAUAAUGUGACAUUGGCUUGGAAAAGAGGUCGUGGCAUGAAAUGCGGAAAAUGUAGAGAACGAGGUGCCACGAUUGGUUGCUUUGAACCAAAAUGUGCCAAAAGUUAUCACCUUCCGUGUACCGAUAAACCUCUUUCUCAUUUUGAGAUGGGUGUAAUUUUUUAUUGUCCAGCCCAUGAAGCCCGUUACAUUCAAAAAGCAGACAAAUGGUGGACUUGUAAGCCGUGCGAGUCCAAUUUUUUUUCAUCAUUUGAUUUAUGUCCGCAGUGUUUCGAUGAGAAAUUUCCAGAAAACCAUCAACACGGAAAAGAUUCAUUUGAAGAAAUUUCUGUUAAACAAAUUAAAGAUGAACAAAUCACAAAACAAGCAGCAAUUGCUGUGGCUAGUCAGAAAGCCCGUACAUCACGAAAAAAAUCCAAGAAUUUAAUUCAUAGAAAAGGAGGCCGAGUUCAAUGUUCAUAUUGUUGGGCAGAAGAAUCACCUCUAUUAAUGUGUGAAGAUUGUUUUGAAUUAGUUUUAGUUAAUAAUACAUCAGGAGAUUCAAUAUUAGAAGCCAAUAAGCUUAUGGUCACCAGUGAAGAUUAUUCUUAUAGACCAUAUCUCACCAGAAAUUCUUGUUCAGAUGCUAAAUUUGAUAAUUCUGAAUCACAAGCAAUGUAUUUGGAUACUUACGAACCAGCGGAAAAUCAAUUAUUCUCAUUACCUUUUGAUAGUUCAUAUUUUGAUAUUCCAGGAAGAGCUCCUAGAUGGGCAACACAUAGUGGUACCGAUUAUCAUGGAACAUGGUUACCACAAACUGUUCGAAGAGCUUUGCUUAGAUACACAAGGAAAAAUGAUAGAAUCUUGUCGAAUUUUCUUGGUAGAGGUACUGAUGCUAUAGAAUGUUUUUUACUUGGUAGAAGACUUGUUGGAAUAGAUAUAAAUCCUGCAGCGAUUGCAUUAUCCCAAAGAAAUUGUUCAUUCGCUAUUCCACCAAAUCGAGGUAUUACAGCUGAACAUCGUCCUAUAAUUCUUCAAGCUGAUUCAAGACAAUUGGUUGGUAAUAUUUUCGAAGAUGAUUCUUUUGAUCAUAUUUUAAGUCAUCCUCCAUAUAAGAAUUGUGUUGAAUAUUCAACUCAUAUUGAUGGAGAUUUAUCAAGAUUUUCAAAUUCUAAAGAGUUUGCGAUGGAAAUGUCUAAAGUUAUUGAAGAUUCUUGGAGAAUGUUAAAACCGGGAAAAAGAGUUACUCUUGGUAUUGGUGAUAAUCGGGAACAUUGUUUUUAUGUUCCCGUUAGUUUUAAUUUAUUUCGACAAUAUAUGGAUCAAGGAUUUGAACUAGAGGAAUUGGUAGCGAAACGACAAAGAUAUUGUCAAGCAUUUGGACUUGGUACAUAUCUUUGUGUACAGUAUGAUUUUUUGAUGUUUACUCAUGAAUUUAUUGCAACUUUCAAAAAAGUUAAUCAAAAGAAUAAUGAUCGGAUGUUGGUUGAAAUGGGAAUCCCUAUACUUCCCAUUGCACGUAAAAGUGUUGUUAUGGGUACAACUUGGACAUUUAAACCUACACCUACUCAUUCCUUCGUACAACUUUAUAAAGAAGACAGUGAUGACGACAUUCCGGAAUAUGAGAAAAUAAGACAAAAAAGAAUUCAAGAAAAUCAAAAAAUGUUACUUUCACUAGGACUCAAAUGUGAUUUAGGAGAAGAAUCCGAUGACAUUUCUCACCUAGAAAAAUUAUUAAAAAGUAAACCUUUACCAUAUCCCACACCUACAGCAUUAAUAGUUGUUCCACAUAUUCCAAAUAAUUUAAUAGAAUCAUCACCUCAAGUUAUUCCUGUAUAUCGAGCUGCAAUUAAGAAAAUAGCUCAAGAAGCAUAUUUAAAAUUACCUCCUUCAGGAUUUUUAGUUAUUGGUAGUCAAGAUGUGAGAACCAUUCAUGAUAAAAAAUUAUGGCCACUCGGUAUGUUAUUUAUGGAAGAUGUUGUGAAAAUAGUUGGGGAAGAUAAAAUGCCUUUAAAAGAACUUGUAAUUACUGUACCUGAUGGUUACGCUAAAGAUAAGAAAAAAAUUUGUUCUAAAGAAGAAUAUGUUGAAGAAAAAUGUAUUGUAAAUGAAGAAGAAAAUGCUGUACAUUUGCCUAUCGUUCAUGCAUGUUAUCUUAUAUUUAUGAAACUUAGAUAA